ACAGAGCCCUAAUGGGCCAAACCCAAACACCACAGGGUUGAACCAAAGGACCAAGCCCAGAACCAAAACCCUAAAAAUCACUUUCCUUCUCAGCACCCCAUAGCCACCGCAGCACCUAGCCACCACCACACCCUGCCAUUUUUGACCACCACCAGCCACCAAAACAACGAAACGCCGUUAAGCCCAGAGACUGGCUGCACCCAACAGUGACAGCCGGUGGUGAUUCAAGUAACUAGGGGAAGAAAAUAUGAACGGAAUGGCGACAAAGAGGGGGAAUAGGAGAACCGAUCAGGAAACCCUUAAAACGCCACUACCACUGCCACAAACCACAGUCGCCACCACCAAAACUGUCCAGAUGCCAUUGUUAGAAAUCAUUAUUGGUCUGAUCUUAUCUCAAGUCCAACUGAAGCAGCACUGAUUUUUUUUUUUUUUUUUGUAUAAAAGCUAUUUGCAUUAAAUUAUCUUGUAACAGCUUUUCAUUGUCGUUGUGACCUGUUACUUUAUUUGCAUUUUAUUGAGAAUUUUGAGUAGAGGAAGUUUUAUAGGUCAUUCUUGUUCUUGUUUCUCUCCUUCUGUUUAGGCCGUUCAUGGGGAUGUUAAUUGUGUAUGGGCUACUUUUUGGGUGGUUUGGUGAGCCAAAGUGGUUGUUAAGCUUUGUACAUGGGUUGCAUUUCCAACCCAUUUCCUUCAUUGAUGGUCAUUUUUAGUAAACUCAUCAAUGAAGAAGAAAAAUCAAUGGCUUCCACCCGCUCUAUAGCUCUUGUUCCAACCCUACCAAAUUUGGAGAUAUGAACUUGUAUACAAGCCUCUUUGCAAAUCUGUAGCCGUCUAGGUCUUUCAAUUGUGCCAAACACUUCGUCACAAAGAUUUUGCCAAUUGGCCUAUUUUAUUAGACCUCUUUCUUUCUCCCUUAGAUAAGUGAUUGAUAUUGCUUUGAACCUUUCGAAUAGUAUUGGAUUCAUUAUCAUUUAUAUUCCUGUCAUUGUUCGUUCAUAGAACGUAGUCAAGCAAGGUGCUGAUUUUACUCAGGUUAACAAUUCAUCUUUACUCGCAGGAUUUUAGCCUGUCAUCAAACAAGAAACUCAGUCGUAGAGCGAUCAAAACAUGCCGAUUUGUUGGAAUCCUUGGAACCCAAGAUUCAGAGCUUCAAGACCUUAACUCCGUUCGUACAGAUGUUAUUUGUGUUUCUUACAAAUAAAAUAUAAAAGAGCUCUAGAGCACCCAAGGUACGUGGAGGUAGUUCGAGGAUGACAUGUUGGCUGAUCCAGACACAAUAGCAGCCAUUGAAGAAAAAGGAAUAACUUUUGAUGAGUUUAAAGUUCUAUGCCAGAAACAUGCUGAUGUCAGUGCCUUCGAGGCAUCAGAUAGCUCUCUUCAACACUUCACUGACCAAUUGGCUGGCGAUGGACAUUAUUCUCCGGUGUCGGCAUAUCACGGGGGCGAAGAUAUGGCGCUUAUUCUAGAUGUUGCUCAGCACAAGUAUCCAUUUUAUUGGCUCCCCGGGAAAGUUCUUUGGGAGGCUAUGAACGAAUUGGAUGGAGCAACUUGUGAAAAAAGAGGGUUUAUGGUCUUAAAGGUAGAAGCUGACAGAAGGUGCAAUUUGUCCAACACAAAGAAGUUGAAGAGUGUUUGCGCGCUCUUAGGUCAUCAAACGAAAUGUGUGACAGUGAAAUUGCUUCGUCACUCUCUACACCCUUACGUAUCAUCACCAAACACCAGUUCAACAUCUCCAUCCAUCCAUCCAUGCAACCCCUCCUUGCCACCUUGGAUUCGUGUCCUGGUGUGGUGAUUGGUGCCCAUCCAACGCCUGC